AGUGGGGAGCAUGAGCUUGAAGCAUGCGUCCUUGAUGUGUAACCACAGACACACAGUUUAUCAAGACCGGUGCUAAAUUGAUUUUCCUCAAAAUUAUGUAAUAAAAUAAUGAUAAAUAAAUUAUUACGUUUUAUUUUGUAUGGAUAGAAAAAAUUGUCUAUAAAUUAUACACGGAAUCGAAGGUGAAAUCAUGAUUUUAGGAAAAUAUCUCCAUUUCACGUGCACAACACUCUUUCGUUCGAAACAUUCUAGUCUUAAAUUUAAUUUAUGUACAACAAAUCUUUGUGCCUGUAAGCGAUUGUUAUAUACAUCUCUAGUUAAUUAUACAGAAGUGUCGCAAAGAAAAAAUAAUUGUUUAAAAAAUGAAAAUAUCGAUAGACUAUCAAAAUCAUUGCUACAUAAUAAUCGUAAAGGAUUUCUCAUUCAAAAACGAGAUUUGGGAAUUGCUGCAAAACUUGUAAAUAGCUCGCCCCAUAAAUUGCAGCCCUACAUGAAGUUAAUGAGGAUAGAAAAACCGAUAGGUUCCUGGCUACUUUUUUGGCCUUGCGGUUGGAGUAUUGCAUUGGCUGCACCCAUAGGAUCUCUUCCUGAUCUAAAAAUGUUAGCUCUCUUUGGAUUGGGUUCUUGCAUUAUGCGUGGUGCCGGAUGUACAAUUAACGACAUGUGGGAUCAGGAUAUCGAUAAGAAGGUAGCAAGAACACGGGAAAGACCUCUAGCAUCUGGUGAUGUAACACAAUUUCAAGCAUUAGUAUUUCUUGGUGGACAAUUAAGUUUAGCGCUUUUAAUUUUAUUGCAACUAAACUGGUACAGUAUUCUGCUCGGUGCAAGUUCAUUGGGCUUAGUGAUAAUUUACCCUCUAAUGAAGAGAGUGACUUAUUGGCCUCAAUUUAUAUUAGGAAUGACAUUAAAUUGGGGUGCAUUGCUUGGAUGGUCGGCAAUUCAUGGCACUUGUAAUUGGUCAAUUUGCUUACCUCUCUAUAUGUCUGGAAUUUGUUGGACUAUUUUGUAUGAUACAAUUUACGCUCAUCAGGAUAAAGUCGAUGAUUUAAUUGUUGGAAUUAAAUCGACGGCUCUUAAAUUUGGCGCUAAUACAAAACUCUAUUUAUCUGGAUUUGGAGCAAGUAUGGUUGGUGGAUUAAUUACAUCCGGUUUAAUUGCUGAGCAGACAUUGCCAUAUUAUAUUUCUGUUGGAUUAGUUGCCGGUCACAUUACUCAUCAGAUUUAUACACUGGAUAUAGACAGUCCAAAUGAUUGUGCGCAAAAAUUUAUAUCCAAUCACAGUUUAGGAAUGUUAUUGUUCUUUGGAAUUGUUUUUGGCAAUUUAUAUAAACAUUAUUUGAAUGAAAAUGCCAAGAAUAACGUGAAUGAAAUUCAGUUAAACAAACAAAAUAUUAAAAAUUUUAAUCAUAGUCAACCGUCUUAUGUCGGUAAUUAAAAAAAAAAAACAAAAAUUAUUAUAAUGUCCUUUCUUGCACAAGAAUAGUUGAUUAUUUUAUUACAUAAAUUUUUUUCUAAACGAAUACAAAUAGGUAUAUAUAAAAAAAAAUUGUAAAAAGCGACGAGUUAAACAAUUUUUAUCAUGUAAUUUAAAUUGUUUGCCUUUAGUGCUUAAAGGAAACCAAAGAAUAUAAUUACCAAGAUAAAAACUUGAAAAAAAAAAAUUAGGUAAUGAUAAUCUUUUAAUUAUACAAUAAAUUGUUUUGUUUGCUAUUUUAA